CCGGGAUGCCGUAGCUGCUGUUGGUGUGGGGUGUGUGUGUGUGGAUUGGCAUAAAUAAGACCUGUUUUUCUUUCCUUUUCCCAGUUGCUGGUGCUUCAGGGAUGUCGGUGCAGGAUCCUGGCCCUAAAGCGGUGACUGUAAGCGACGUGCAGUUGCUGCUGAAGAAGAAGGAUGAGAUUGAAGCCCAGAUCAAAGCCUAUUAUGAAGUCCUGGAGGAUCAAAAAGGUGUUGGGAUGAACGAACCUUUAGUGGAUGUUGAAGGAUAUCCACGUGCUGAUGUUGAUCUGUAUCAGGUCCGGACAGCAAGACACAACAUUGUCUGUUUGCAGAACGACCACAAGGCGUUGAUGCGUCAAGUGGAAGAAGCCCUCCACCAGCUUCAUGCGCGAGACAAGGAGAAGCGCGAGAGGGAUGAGGCCGAAGCACGGGCGGAAGCCCAGGGCCAGAGCCAGCCCUUGCCACUGCCUUUUGCCAGGGUGAACGCCGUCACUCCGGGCUCCCCGGCCAGCCUCUCGGGGUUGCAGGUGGGUGACGAGAUCGUGGAGUUUGGUUCCGUGAACGCUCGCAACUUCCGGUCGCUGCAGGAUAUUGCCACCGUGGUCCAGCACAGUGAAGAGAAGCCAUUAAGUGUGACCGUGAUCCGGGGAGGAGAGAGAGUACACCUGGGGCUCACACCAAAACGCUGGAGUGGCAAAGGGCUUCUGGGUUGCAACAUCCUCCCUCUGCAGAGAUGAUUGCCCUGUGACAGAGCUCCCAACGACACGGCGCUGUUUCGGUCCCAAGGCAGCUUUUUGGCCUGAAGAUGUUUGGAGUGCCAGAUGCAAAACUGGUGGCAUCGAGACCCACGGCCAAGGGCGUUUAUACUGCCACAUCUUAAAAGUGUGAAUUCGUAUCAUAGGGCUUACCCUGCGCUUGUGUCAUUUGCCCCCAGUAAAAUUUUUAAAAGGCAAAAAGCAAGGUGUGUGGCUUUAUUUUGUGGAUUUGAAGGAUAUUCUCUAACUUCCUUUUAAUCCCCCCCCCUUUUUAAAAAAAAAUAGAGAGUAAAGGUUUGCGCUAGCAUGCACAGAUAUUCUUGUUUCUUUUCCCCUGAACUGUGGGCACUUUUUCAUGGUCAUACAUCCGGUGGGUUCAAGAAGACUAGCAGAGGGUCUACUGAAUUGUCAUCAUAAAGUCAUUUUGAAUAAAUCUUAACCUUUUCUAAAA